UAGGUAAAAUACGAUUGUAACGCCAUGUAUACAUUGUGUUGGAAAUUGUAAACAGUAUGACAUUUGUUCAACAAUGGCUGCCGAAACAGGACGUGUUUUUGUUUAUGGAGGAAAAGGAGCUCUUGGAUCUUCUUGUGUUUCUUUAUUUAAAUCAAAAAAAUGGUGGGUUGGUUCGAUCGAUAUAAAAUCAAAUGAUGAGGCUGACGAUAAUGUGAUUGUAAAAUUGGGUCAAUCUUGGACAGAGCAGCAAGAAGAUAUUUUAAAUCAAGUCUCAAAAUCUUUGAAUGGAAAUAAAAUCGAUGGAAUAAUUUGUGUUGCUGGUGGUUGGGCGGGUGGAAAUGCAGCUAAUAAAGAUUUUAUUAAAAAUUGCGAUUUAAUGUGGAAUCAAAGUGUUUGGAGUUCUUGUAUUGCGUCAAAUAUUGCUUCUCAACAUUUGAAAGAAGGUGGAUUUUUAUCAUUGACAGGCGCUAAAGCUGCUUUAGAAGGAACUCCAGGGAUGAUUGGAUAUGGAAUGGCUAAAGCGGCAGUUCAUCAGCUUACGAAAUCUUUAGCAUCCGAGGGAAGUGGAUUGCCUUCAGGAUGUUUGGUCGCUUCUAUUUUACCUGUGACUUUAGACACACCAAUGAAUAGAAAAUGGAUGCCAAAAGCUGACACCACAACCUGGACUCCACUGGAAUUUAUUUCCAAUAUGUUUUGGGAAUGGUCACAAAAUGAGAAACGACCAUCUAAUGGAAGUCUUUUGCAAUUGGUAACAAAGGAUAAUAAAACUGAAGUAAUUCCAGCCUAAGAGAAUAUCACAACAUCGAAAUCGUGAGAAAAGAAAAAAAAGUUCUAAAUAGAAGGGAUCAAACAAUAUAAUGUUUAACAAGUUCAUUUAAUUAUUGAAAUAGUUUUUUUUACGUAACUAUAUAAUUAUUGCAGUAUUUCGAAAAUUAUAAUUUACUGUGUGAAUGUUCAGUGAUCAAUUUUCAAAACGAAUCUCUAAUGCAUUUAAUUAAUUAAUUGAAUUUUAUGACAAUAAAAAAAAGAUUGUUAAUAUAUUUGAAUAUUAUUUAGAAUAAAUUUGUUCUUAAUCAAUAA